UUGAAAUAAGCUGAUUGGCUUAGAUGUCUGCUCAUCGACCUACCAUGUAGGAGCUGUAGUGGCUGCGGUGAUGAACUUAAGGUAACUGUCGAAUUCGGCUGGGACGUUUAUGUAGAGGCUUCUGAGGAUAGCAGCAGAUUGAAGUAAAGUGCUCCAUAGUCCACACAAUUCAUUUACUGAGUUUGCUUGCUACCACAAGAUGUGAAGCUGGCUAAUCAGAGAGCUUUAAAAGGAAGGUCUGCCCUCACCACCCUGAGCAACUUAGUUUCUUCCUCUUCUACUGCAAUGGGGCUGGAAGCAAAACCCAUUUCUGUGCCCCAUCCCUACUGGCCUCGAAAUCUGGAGCUCCAGCACUAUGUCCCAAAUGAUCGUCCCAUGUGGCAGAUUUUGGCUUUCCUCUUCUCUGUUUCUGGAGCCCUCUUGAUACUGACGUGGCUUGCAUCCAGGUGGCGGAGCGGAAUGCCUGCCCCUCUCGGAACUGGGCGUUCCUUGGCUAUCUGCUGGUUUGCCAUAUGUGGUUUUAUUCAUGGCAUCAUUGAAGGCUGGUUCAGCUUGUACCACAUGGAAAUCCCCGGGGACCAAUCCUUUCUCUCACAGCUCUGGAAGGAAUAUGCCAAAGGUGACAGCAGAUACAUCACAGCAGACAAUUUCACAGUUUGCAUGGAGACCAUCACAGCCUGUGCCUGGGGGCCUCUCAGCCUCUGGACUGUGCUAGCAUUUCUUUCACACCAACCUUACCGGUUUGUGCUGCAGCUGGUGGUUUCACUGGGCCAGCUCUAUGGAGAUAUUCUCUAUUUCUACACUGAGUAUCGAGAUGGCUUUAGCCAUAGUGAGAUGUGGCACCCAAUCUACUUCUGGUUUUACUUUGUCUUCAUGAAUGCUUUGUGGAUUAUCAUUCCCUCAAUCCUCAUCAUAGAUGCCUGGAAGCAUCUUAGUGCUUCCCAGAGGAUAAUGGAUGCCAGCAAGUUCAAGAAGCACUAAUAACCACACAGUGGGUCAGAAUGGGCUGUCGUUGCUUUGGGGAAGCAUUGUAGCCAUGCAGGAGUUGACCAGCUAUUCUUGUUCCCUUCCAUCUUAUGUGGCCCCUCUCAAAUUCCACCAAGUGCUCUGAAAGGACCCCUUCUUCUGAGUUUAAGCAGAACAAACUUUGGGAAAACAGUAUAAUCUAUGGCAACAGUUCUGUGUCUUUAAGAGUUCAUUGCUUUAUGGUUAAGGUUGGAAUCCUAUCAUAAUUGCCUUGACAAUACUUCUCAUUGAAUUCAGUAGGUUUUACUUCUGAGUAAAUGUGCAUAGGGUUAGGCUAUCUCAAUAAGACAGCCCUCACAGUAUAUUAAACAGAGCAGGGUAUGGAGAACUGCUUUCUCCCUUCCAAACCUGAGGCUACUACCUUUUAGGCUGCAAUGAGGAACCAUAUGUCUUGCUGUUUUUUUUCAGCAUGGAACUACACUGUGGAGGUAACACGGGGCAUUCUGUCUCUCCUAGAUGAUGUAGAUUAUGUGAUCUUAACGUGGGAGACAGAAUACAAGGCAGUGUUGUAGUGGUUAAGUACAUGGCUGCAUCCCUAUGGCAGAGGAGGUUCAGUUGGUCACCCUGUGACCUUUUAGGUGAGUGGCCAGUUGGUAUCCUUGGCUGAGGCAAAGACUAUCUAGCAGCCAGACUGACCAGAUGCUACUUAAUGGAUAUGCACUGAGAUGGAUGAAAAGAGGGGCACACUAGGAUUUUAUUAACAGGAGACUGCUGGGGAUAUGCUGAUAAUGGUGUACCAGGGGCAUACAGCAUGGAAAUGCUUUGACAGUUGACAGGCAGUUGAUUUUUUUCCAGGGGAGGGUUUAUUGCCAUGACCAAUUCUCAUGUUCAAGCUAUUUUGGCAUGCUUAGACAUCCAGUUGUGCUUGGAGCCCAAAACCCAUCGUGAAAACAAUCUCAACUGUGUCUCUGAAUAUCUUCAAGGCUGGGAUUUGCCUCUUACUCGUAGGACGGACAAUCUUCUAAGAGUGCUCCUGUAAAUCAACACAACCCAGGAUUCACAGAAUUCCAAACACAUGACUUGCAUACUUUUCAUACAAGACAACUCAUAGACAACUGAGCUCACGUUUGUAAAUAAAGUUUGCCAAUGUUUAAAUAAA